AUGACUAUUGCCGGGUUGACAGCCGCAAUGGACGACCAUCAACUCACCGAGAUAUACGCCUUUGCCAAAAAACUCGGUAAAGAUGCCGGCCAGAUGCUGCUUGACGCUGCUUGUAGUAGAAUUAAGGCUCCAUCAUCUGACGGCAAUUUCCACGAGAAGGAAAGCUCAGUUGACAUAGUCACAAAGACAGACCACGGUUCCCCGACCACAGGUCCGGCACCAACGCGUCACUUAGCCUCAGCAGAUACUAACUGUUACAGCUUCCUCGGCGAAGAAUCAUAUUCAGCCGGCUCCUCGAAACAGUACCUCGUCACGUCUUUGCCAACAUGGAUCGUUGACCCCCUUGACGGCACUGUUAAUUUCACACACCUCUUCCCCAUGUUCUGUGUUUCCAUCGCAUUCUGUAUUGGAGGUCAUCCCGUCAUCGGAGUGAUCAACGCCCCAUUUUUGAACCAAUUCUUUUCAUCAUGUCGCGGAAAAGGAGCCUGGUUCAAUGAACGACACCAGAUGCCCUUGGUAAGGAAUCCGAUACCGCCUCUGCCAAAAGCCGCCCCGAGUGGAUGUACCUUUGCCUGCGAAUGGGGUAAAGACAGGAGGGAAAUUCCGGAGGGAAACUUGAAUAGAAAGGUUCAUUCUUUUGUCACAAUGGCGAUGGAGCGGAAUGGUAGAGGAGGACAAGGGGGAAUGGUCCACGGUGUGAGGAGUUUAGGGAGUGCGACAAUGGAUUUGGCGUAUACGGCAAUGGGGUCGAUUGACAUUUGGUGGGAAGGAGGAUGUUGGGAGUGGGAUGUUGCUGCCGGUAUUGCCAUCUUGGAGGAAGCGGGAGGUCUAGUUACAACUGCAAAUCCCCCACACGAUUAUAAAAAAGCCGCCAUCCCGCAAGUCGAAUUAGGUGGAAGAUUAUACCUCGCUAUACGUCCUACCGGCAGUACAGAUACAGAAACCGGCUUGGAAGCACAACACCGCGUGAAUCACGCUCAACAAGCAUUCCCCAAUCCGCAGUGA